CGACAUCGACAACGACAACAGCGUCCUUCGUUCGCUGCAAGUCAACGUCCACCCGCCUCAUCAUGUCGGCCCUCAACCGGAGUCUCUUCAGAUUCCUCGCCCAAUCCCUCCAAACCCACCACCGGUUCCUGGCCGGUCGCAUCAGCCGCCCGGAGGAGACGCCGAUCUACGUCAUCGGCAACCCGUCGGCGGACGUGGACUCGAUCAUCUCCGCGCUGGUGUACGCCUACUUCGCCCAUCCACGGCCUCACGUCCCCCUCAUCAACCUCCCCGACGUGCCCUCCGGCUCGGAACUGCGACGUCUACGCCCGGAAUUCCUCGAAGCCCUGCACCUGGCCACGCACCCCGCGGCCCCGACCGAGCAACCAUGGGAGAUUGAGGCGGACACCACGCCGGACCUCCUGCGCAGCCACCUGCUCACCGUCGCCGACUUCGCCGCCCACCUCGCCCAGUCCAGUGCCGCUGACACGCUCCCCGCCGUCGACGCCGUCCUGGUCGACUGGAACGCGCUGCCCAACCGCUCCCCGUCCCAGAAAGGCCACGGCACGCUCCCGGGGCUCGAGACGAUCACCUUCAACGUUGUGGGCUGCAUCGACCACCACGUCGACGAGGACUUCCUGCCGCCCAUCGCAGCCGACCAGCCGUUCCUCCUCCAGCCCACGGGCUCCUGCAUCUCACUGGUCGUGAGCAUGCUAGAACGAAUGGGCCGGUGGACGCCGCACCCUCUCUCCUCCACCUCCACCUCCCCCGCACACAACCCAACCACCUCCCCCACCCCGGACGCCGAACUCACCACCGCCGCCGCGCACGAGCACCAACUCUCCAAACUCGCGCUCGCGCCCAUCCUCAUCGACACCGCCAACUUCACCGCGAAAGAGAAAGUCACCGACGCCGACACGCUGUCCUACAGCUUCCUGCGCGCCAAGAUCAACAGCACCAACUGCCAGCAGCAGCUCGGGUCGAUCGCCGUGGGCAUCUCGUCCGGCGAGAAGCUGUGGGACCACCACGCGUUCUACCGGCGGAUCGCGACGGCCAAGGAGCACAGCCUGGAGCUGUUGACGGUGGCGGAAGUGCUGGGGCGGGAUUAUAAGGAGUGGGUUGAGGUGCCUUCGUCUGCCUCCUCUUCCCCCGGGGAUGCUCCAGGUGGUAGUGGUAGCAGUGGGGAUAAACCCGCCGCACUCAAGAUCGGAAUCAGCUCGGUCGUCAAAUCGCUCCCCUGGGUGAUCCGGAAGGCCAACUAUUCCAACUCCAACGCCAACUCCAACGCCAGCUCCGCGCCCGAAGUGUUCCUGGCCGAGCUGGACGCGUUCGCCCGCCAGCGGGGCCUGGAUAUCGUCGUGCUGAUGACGGCGUUUGCGGGUCCGGCUCCUUCGUCCCCUUCCCCUUCUGCGUCUCCCUGCUCUUCUCCGGGGAACUCGGCACGGAAAGAGCGCUUCCACCGCGAGCUUUUUGUCGCGGUGCCCUUUGCAGUGGGCAACCGCAGGGACACCGCCGUCGCGGCGGCGGAGGCGUUCGUGCGGCGCGGCCGCACGGCGCUGGGGCUGGAGCGGUGGCGGGCGCUGCUGGACGAGGACGAGGCGGUCGGGCAGGUGUGGUUGGAUUGCGUGGCGCAGGAGCAGGAGCAGGAGCAUGAGCAUGAGCAUGACUCCCAGGAGGCAAAUAUGUGGAAGGGGGUGUGGGUGCAGGGCGAUGUGACCAAGAGUCGGAAGCAGGUCGCGCCGUUGGUGAGGGAGGCGGUCUGCGCUGUCUAGUUUCGGCGGUGUCUGGGGCGGUUUUGGCGGUGUAUUGUAUAUACUUUCUGGAUUUGUAGACAGAGCUAUGAUUUAGUAU